AUGGAUCGUCGAGGAACCGCUAAAGCUAAUGCAAAUGCUGACACCAAGCCACGUAAUGAAUCCAAGUGUGGAGGAAAUCAGGUCAUCAUGCAUGCGACGAGAUCGACAAAAACCAGCAGAAGAGGAAAUGAAACCGAAUCCGACUCAGAAUAUGUAAGCACAGUCGAAACAAAUGAUGUCACGGUCACAGGAAGAAAUAUCGCCACAACAGAAUCCCAAUUCCCACCACCUAUCCAAGAAAUGUUGCUACAGAAAGGCUCGACUACAGGUAGUCGGGGAAGUCGUAGCGGAACAUCCACAUCAGUUGUGGAUAGUCAUCAAUAUCAAAUAGAUCCAGAGACUACCGUAACUCACACUACGAUAACAUUUUCCGAUAAUGAUAGCAUAGGGUCAGAAGUGUCAAAACCAACUUGUGGAGCUAAACAGGAAACGACACCAAAGAGCGUACCCAAGAUGGUUGUACCAAACGCUAGCGUACCAGUGAUGAGCCCGCUUCUUUUGCGGGUUAACCCACUUCAAAGAGGUAUCACAGCACGUCUGUCUGGCCAACAUCUAUCAACACCGAAAAAUCGAGUGGUGUUUUGGAAAUCCGAAAAAGGGUGCUCGGCUCGAUAUCGACUAGCACCCUCAGGCGAAACACCAGUACAAUGCACAUUUACGAUGCCAGUUUUCCUCGCUCGUGUUGCAACGAUUCAACACAUCAUAAACACUCCUGUAGUCAAUGUAUCAGCAUUUUGCUUGCCACCAAGACAAAAAGUCAUAAAGCAAGAGAUUUCGAGGAAAACUGCAUACGCUCAUCUAAUGCUACCACCUCAAGGUCCACUAUAUGCAGAAAUCCUCAGACCUUUGUGGGAAACGAUCACAUUUACGAUAGCAUAUGGAAAACAUGUGGCCGUUGAGUACCUCAUACCUAAACUUUCUGCGCUCAAAGUCCAACUUAUUAAAUGUGAUAAACAAAAGGUUAAAGAAGUGGACUCGAAGAUUCUAUACAGAAAAGUAAAACAGCAAAAGAUUGAAAUAUGGAAAACCGCUAAACCUCAUCAAAUAAUCCUCACCACAGUGGAGAAAACUGAUCCACAACUUGUGAAGCGUGUACGACUCGAACAGAAUCCAUUAUUUGAUCGGUUCCCGCCAAGUUGCAAUGUUGCCGAAGUCGACAUGUAUACGACAGAGCAGACUACGUACAAAACGCAGACUAGUGGAAAAGAGUCCACACAAGUUGAAAAACACUCUUACGUCGAUCACCAGCUAAUUCAAAAAUGGGAAAACACAGUACAUGUGGAGCAUCGACGACGUCGGAUCAAUUAG